CCCAAAGAUCAAAAGUACUGUAUUUCACUCACUGGAGCCAUGGAGAGUCCAUCCGAGCGUCCCCGAAAGCGUCAUAGGAAUGCAGAUGCUUCAACCGCUGAGAGGCCGUCGACAAAACAAGCGGCAAGCAAAGGGAUGGCUUGCUAUACUUUAGAAGACUUGGAAAGUGUCGAGUUCACCUGGACCAUCAUUGAUGGACAGCUCUUGGCACUGGAUGGAUUCAUUUCUGCCCAUCCUGGCGGAUCACUGAUACAGCGAGCUGUGGGAACAGAUGCCAGCAGCUUGUUCCAUGCCCACCACACUUCCGAUCUCGCGCGAGCUGUCCUGGCAGAGUGCUUGGUUGGAUAUGUGAAGCAACACCGUGUGGAGGCUCAGAGUCUUCGAGCUGAGCUCAACAAAAGGAUCGGAAAAUACAUGAAGCCUGAGACACCUGCAGCUGAGGCCAUUGCUAUAUCGAUGCUGGGGCUUUUCGUCGUGUGGUGCUACUUUGUUUAUGUACAGGGUUUCUUCUGGCUGAACGUCUUCACGAGCUGGUUCUGGUGGAGACACUUGGACGCUGGAUUGCAUGCCGUGGUGCACGGGGACUUCAGAUAUUCGUUGAUUUUGCAGCGACGACUACUACAAGUCUAUGGCUUGCUUUGUCAUCACAUGUUGGACCAUUAUCAAGGUAGCCAAUCAAGCCUUUCCCAACAUUUUGAGCAUCACCUCUUCACAAACGACUUCCGCAAAGAUCCGGACUGGACAGUCUUCGCUGUUGGCCGGAACUGGAUUCGUCGUCAUGCAUGCAAUGCAUGGCAGCCCUACAAUGCUUGGCAGGUUUUUUACUGGCUUCCAAUGCGGUGUCUUGUGGAGCCGGUGACAGAAAUCCUGACUAUGGGCUCCACCUGCCUCAAUGGGGCUUCUCAGAUGUUUGAAGCUCCUGCGGGCCUUGACAAGUUCACCGACCGGCUGAAGGAUGUGAUGUCUUGGUGGAUCGAGGCCUUCCUGAGUCCAGGCUACCAGGGUGCAGCUUUCUUGUUGCAGCCAACUGGGCGCGCAUUUGGAGCCCUGCUACUGAGCAGAGCAGUUGCAAAGUUGGUGCUGCUGCCGUUUGCAGAGGUUCAGCACUUUUUGAUGCCUGACGAGAUGUCCAAGGAUGAGGAGUUUGUUUUGCGACAGCUUCGAACGACUGCCAACCUGCGGCUGGCAAACUCUGUGGUUCGAUUGCUAGACUUCUUGAUGUUUCAUGGGGAUAGUUUGCAGGUGGAACAUCACCUGUGGCCAGCUAUGAGCUUCAUCCAUUUGCGAGAAGUCUCCCAGGUUCUAAAGAGCGCAUGCAAGGAGUUUCCUGGCAAACUUGGGACUGGUAGAACAGUUAUGAACAGUUCGUGCCAGCAAGUCCGGAAAGGACGAAAAAGUUAUGAGUGUGCAGGAUACGUGCAGUAUAUCUUGUGUACAUGUAUGUUUGUAUGUAUAUAUAUAUAUAUAUACAUAAUAUAUAAAAUAAUAUAUAUAUAUAUUAUAUUUAUAUUAAAAAUAUUUGUAUGUUCUUGGAUAAGCGAAGAGGGCUUGUUUGAUGUGGUUUCUUUGAAUGAGUUUGCAUCCUUGAAAAUCCAAGGAAAAUCAGGUCGAAAUCCUUCUUGA